UGAGGGUGUGAGGGAGUGCAUGAACCAACUGGAACAAGAAGAGUGGCCGAACUCUAUUUUAAAUUUUUAAUACUCACUCACUGCCUCAAACGCGUCACACACACACCCAGAGAAUGGAUAUCGUUCCGAUCCCCGCGGACACCUAUAAGCUCGGAUUCAUCGGCGCCGGCAAAAUGGCCGAGAGCAUCGCCAGAGGCGCCGUCCGCUCCGGCGUCAUCCCCGCUUCCCGCAUCUUCACCGCCUCUCACUCCAACUCCUCUCGCGGCGACGCCUUCCAAUCCUUCGGCGUCUCCCUUCUCUCCUCCAACGACGACGUCGUGAGAGAGAGCAACGUCGUCAUUUUCUCGGUCAAACCUCAAGUAGGUAUUGUCAUCAAUCAUUCACACUCUCUCUUUCUAAUUACCGCCGCCUUCAACUGCAUUUUCACUCCAUUUUCUCCUCCUGUUGCUGCAGUCAAGGAUGUGGUCUUGAAAUUGAACCCGCUUCUCACAAAGAACAAGCUAUUGGUUUCCGUUGCUGCUGGAGUCAAGCUCCAUGAUCUUCAGGAAUGGGCUGGCCACAACAGAUUCAUUAGGGUAAUGCCUAAUACACCUGCUGCUGUUGGCGAAGCAGCAUCAGUUAUGAGCUUGGGGGGAGCAGCAACAGAAGAAGAUGCAAAUCUUAUAGCCAAAUUAUUUGGAUCAAUUGGCAAAAUAUGGAAAGCUGAUGAAAAGUAUUUUGAUGCUGUAACUGGUCUGAGUGGCAGCGGUCCUGCUUAUAUUUAUUUAGCAAUAGAGGCUUUGGCUGACGGAGGAGUAGCAGCUGGUCUACCACGUGAUCUUGCAUUGAAACUAGCUUCACAGACUGUAUUGGGAGCAGCAUCAAUGGUCACUGGUACUGGGAAGCACCCAGGACAGCUCAAAGAUGAUGUCACUUCGCCUGCUGGGACAACAAUUUCUGGCGUUCAUGAGUUGGAAAAAGGUGGUUUCCGUGGAACACUAAUGAAUGCUGUUGUUGCUGCUGCUAAGCGCAGCCGAGAGCUUGCCUAAAUUGUAGGUACGAGGGGUUUGACAUAGUUAGGACUUUUUGAGAUAUGACAUAUGAGUAAGCUUUCCGGUAUAUUGGCCAAGAAACAAAUUAUCAUGUUCUUUGCCACUUUCUAGAAUGGUGCAAGUUAUGAAAGGAUUUGGCCAACUUGCAUAGCAUCCUCAUCAUUUCCUUUCAGUAUUAUGAAUAUUGAUGUUGCUACAAUGAUACAUUACAAUAAGAGGAGUAGAAUAGCUUUUGCCAUUGAA